AUGCCAGCAUCUAAAACAGUCUUUAUCAGAGUCAUUAACAAGAUAUACCCAUUAGCCGGAAGGAUCAAUGACACCAAUCUUUGCUUCAUUGAUUGUGAUGACUCCGGAGCUCUUUUUAUUGAAGCUCAAGUUCACGCUCAACUAUCAGAAAAGUUAUCCCAAAGUACAGCAAUAGAGGAGCUAAACCAAUAUCUCCCCUUAGAGCCCUAUGCCCAUGAUGCCGAUAACAUACCAUUAGCUAUUCAAAUCAGUUUCUUUGAAUGUGGAGGCAUGGCAAUUGGAGUUUGCAUUUCACAUAAGAAUGAAAAGAUGGUGACAAAGCGGUUAGUGUUCAACAAAGAAAAGUUGGCAGCACUUAAAGAACUUACUUCCUCUGCUGCCAUUGGUUCGCUGGUUAGGGAUCCCACUCGGGUGGAAGCUAAUGAGCUUGCCGCUUUUGAUCAUCUGUGUGCCUUUGGAAACCUUUUUGUCACCACAUCUGCCCUAUUAGUGUCUGACAAAAAUCAAGAACUUCAUGAUCUGGUAUGGCACUUGAGGACAGCAUUUACAAAAGUCAAUGAUGAAUACAUCAAGAAUGUUCAGAGUGGGAUGCCAUAUCUAAAUACCUUGAGUAAUGAAAUGAAACCACUUUUUGAAGAAGAUAUGGGCUCUUGUUGUUGGUGCGGAUUCCCAGUUUAUGAAGUGGACUAUGGAUGGGGUAAGCCUGUUGUGGUCUGCACUUCAGCUGUUCCAAUGAAUAAUGUGGUAAUUUUGAUGAGUACAAGAUGUGGUGAUGGAAUAGAAGCAUGGAUUAACAUGCUGGAGGAUGAAAUUGCUAUGCUUCCUGAAGAGAUCCUUUCACUUGCAACCGAUCAUCUCUUGUCAUGCCCCUGA